UAGAGAGAUGCUCAAAAGCUGAAAGUUUGAUCAGCAACGGAUAGCCCGUAAACUUUUCUAUCGAAUGAUAUAUUUUUGACUUUUUUUUGCGCAGUUCUCUUUGUUAGGAAACGUGAAAUACUCAGAAAGUAAGAUUUUCCAAGUGUGUAAAACACCGCGUUUUUGCUUUAGCUCAGUCAAAUUAACCCGGAACUUAACCAUUUUCUCAGGAUUUAUACUACUCAACGUAGGCUUUCUUUUGGCGAAAGAACGGAGUCUGUAUCUAUCAAGGAAGUUGAGUUAUUGCAGAAACAAAAAGGGUCUUAAACUUUUGUGGAGCAUUUUUACUGGUACCGGUACCGGUACUGGUGCAUACCUAGUUUUGAGCGAUGUUCUGUCCGAUGACCAAAUAAUUUUAAAGUGUCGGGAGUAGGGAUUUCUAAAAACCCAGGUUGUUCAGUCAUCUAUUUACCGAAAAUAAUUUAUUUUUUAUUUUUCAUUCUACGCAUCUGCUCAGAAUCGGUUUUUUACAUCAGUUUGUUGCCCAUGUCAACUUACAUAUGUGAGAAACUUGUUCAUUAAAGAAGAAUGUUCUAAUGAUAAGACUAGCUCUUAUUGAAUAAGGAGAUAGAACUGCCCAUAUGCUGAAAUUAUUGCGAACUUCGAAUGAAGUUCGGUUAAUAACAAUUAUGUUUUUCUUGAAAUGUCGAUUUUUCACCGAAAUAGUAAUUUUCAAGAACCUUGCCACAGAUUGUGGCUUAACAAAGCACGAUGGAGCAAAACUUUGGAGAAAUUUUGGAGAAAAACUUUUGCUGAUGAAACUCUUCCUUAGGUGCCGAAUAAGGUACUGAGUGGAAUACUUUUUUCAGUGUAACGGAAAAGCUUUGAGAAAAAUUGAAUUCAAGAAUUUAAAAUUAUUAAAAAACUUAAAAUUCAAUUUUUCUCAAAGCUUUCCAUUACACUGAAAAAAGUAUUCCACUCAGUACCUUAAUUGGCACCUAAGGAGGAGUUUCAUUAGCAAAAGUUUUUGUCCAUCGUGUUUUGUUAAGCCACAAUCUGCUGUUCUUGAAAAAUACUACUGUCCGUUUCAAAGUAUAAGACCGGUAGUUGUUUUCUGAAUAACUUAAAGACGAUAAAAGGUAGAGACUUGCGGUGUUCGCAGUCGAAAGAAAACAGUUUAACCUAUAUUUUCAUUUGCAAAAGCGUUUUUAAACAAAUUUUUGAAAUCGAUUUUCCAGAGGAUCUCUGGAAAACCACUUUGUACGUUAAAAAUUUUACAUAGCAAGCACUCGAUUUAUUUCAUGGGUAGAUAGUCCAAAGUGUCUUCUACAAAAUAAGAUCUAAGCAAAGGUUUUAAUUUACUUGGCUCGGGAGCUUCGGACGUUUUCCCCGAAAUCCUGAGACUGCUGUCUUCUUUGUUCUGGGACCUUUUGAAAUGGUGAAUACAUAGGCUAUCGAACACGCUGAAUCCCGUAGCAAUGUUAAUUUUCAGAAUAAAAAGUGGAAGAACAGAGUGAAAAUCUGCACUAGUUGAAAUAACCCAUUUUGGGCUCUUUUCUUCAAAAAUUAAAAAACUCGUCAUUGCAACUUUGCAAAGAAAGGUCUUGUAGAGCUGAGAGAUGUCUCAUUUUAAUCGGAAAUUUGCGGGCUACAAUUAUGGCUCAAAGGUUUUGGUUAUUUUUUAGAGUUUCUGAAAAACCGGUUUUCCAAAAAACCGAGCCUCCAAGAGUCAUGGGCCCGAAUCCUUUUGGGGUAUUUACUAACUCACUGAGAUCUAUCGAUCCAUAUACAAAUCACUGAAAUCGGGAGCGGACACCUCAGAACGUUCUCGUCAGUUUUUAAUCCUGAGUCCGAAUAUGAUAUUUCUAUUGCAUAAAAGUUGACAUAUUUUGAUUCGUUUGUGCAUUCCAAAUCUGAUGCCAUUUUUCUGGUGAAAGGUCUAGUUUUCGAGAAAGAAUCGAAAAGUGGCUUUACGUUGAAAUUAGCGGCUUUCUUUUUUCCUGUUAUUCUCUCUCUCUCUCUCUCUUAUUUUUGUGUAGAGAAUAAGGAAGACAAUAUCCAUCUAUAGUUUGUACUGAACACCCAUGUUAUUAUACAGCUGAUCUUUUAAACAUUAUAUAGAUAUAAAUGUCAAGUUCUGGGUGCUGAAUCAGACUACUAUAGUUUGAAAAGUCAGCAUCGACAAAUACGACGAAAAACCAAACCUUCAUUCAACACUUGAGGUCUGUUAUAAUGCUAUCACAAUAACAUGUGGCCCGUAAUACUCACCAUUUUGCUUCCAAAUUGGUAAUCGACAGUAAGAGCAUAAACAGCAAAGAGAUUUCUCCCAAAAGUGAUCUAUAUCUCUCUUUUCACAAACUAAUCAUUGCGCAAAUGCGAAACUAUCCAUUUAUUCUCUGAUUCUAAGCAGAACCCGUUACCACUAAACUUUGAGCGAACAACGAUAUAGUAGAGAUACGUUAAAAUGGCAGGAUCCCAUCAGAUGCAAUUGUACAAUAAACUAACAAUUCCAACUUAAUAUAUGCAGAGUUUCAAAUUCGCUCAACAUCCACUUCAAAUAAAUCAACUUUUAUGCUGAAGCUGAAAACAAUUUACUUGUCAUAUCCGUCACCCAUAUGAAGAUUAUCAAAUAUUCACAAAACCAAGUCUGCUAUGAACAAAAUUAGACCGGCAGCAUCUGAUCGCAUAACUUUUUAAUCCCAAGCGGAUCUUUUAAGCAGAUCGAUUGCCUGUAAUACUAAAAGUGCAUUAAGUCAUGACAGUACUUUUAUUUCAUCUUCUUCAUCUCCUGCUUGAUCACACAUCAUAUGUGCUUCUAUCAAAUAUAAUACACAUAGAAAUCGAAGAAUAGAGAAGUAAAUGAGGUGGGUGAUAUCACAUGUCGGUUAAAGCAGGCGAUAUGCCUGAGUAAGUUUCGUAUUACUCUGAGGAAGAGCUAUUAGAAAACGUCUUUUGAUACAGUUAGUAGAAAUAAACAGAGUAAGUUAGAAAAUAAAAUCAUCCAUUGCCUUCGAGCAUUUAUUUGUUUUGUGUGCAGCUAUAAAUGGAAACAAUGGAAAACAUUAUCCAACCAGUUGGACAACAACCAAAAGAUCAAGUCAUCAUAAAAGAACAACCAAAAAUAUCAGUAAACGAAGUAAAAGUUGAACCACUGUCAUCAACAGAAAAGCUAGAGCCACAACAUCUUCGUGGUGGCGGAGGAAUAGGACAUGCUAUACUGAACGGCUUUACUAUUUUCGAAAUAAAUUCUCAUUAUUCUUGGAUUCCACGAUUUGCUGUCGAGAUUUUUUUGAAAGGAUGUGUAGCAUGUCAAUUAAGAAAACCGAUAAAACAACAUGUUGCUUCGAAACCGAUAAUAUCAUUGGGUGUCAUGACAAGACUCCAAAUUGAUCUUGUUGAUAUGCGAACCAGACCAGAUACAGUUUCUGCUGAUGUACUUUAUCGUUGGAUUCUAAAUUGUGUCGAUCAUUUUAGCAAAUAUUCAUGGGCGUUUCCGUUAAAAAAUAAGUCAGCUGUCGAUGUUUCGUUAAAAUUGCGAGAACUGUUUUUUCUUUUUGGUCCUCCGCGAGUACUUCAUAGUGGUAAUGGAAAAGAAUUUGUCGCAAGUGUUAUAACAGAGUUAAAAAAUUUGUUUCCAAAUUUAUGUUUUGUUCAAGGGCGUCCCCGUCAUCCUCAAAGUCAAGGUUGCUCAGAGGAUUUUUUUGAUAUGAAAAAUUUCCUUUGA